AUGUCCGAUUCUGGUCGUGUGAAGGAAAUAUCAGAGGAUCCGCCAAUGUCGCGGCUGUUCAUUAUAUGUGGCAAACACAUCACACGCGAACAGUUGAUAAAGCACUUUGAAUCGGACGGUUCAAUUGAAGAGUGCGUUGUGAUAACGGAUCGAAAAACUGGCCAAGGAAAAGGAGUCGCUUACGUAAAGUUCACAAAAACUUCAGCGGCCGCUCAUGGGUUGCGCAAGAACGGCACAGUUGUGGAGGGUGACUCACGGCCCAUAAAAGUGAUGAUAUCAGCAAGUUACAACAGAGACAAAAGUAACGAUGCAACGACUGAUAUCAACGAGUCUAAUUUCCUACGACUAUUUGCAAUCGUGCCUAGCAGCCGUACCGAAGAACAGCUGAAAGAAGAGUUUAGCAGCCACGGAACAGUGACACAGGUUCGCCUGGUACCGGACAAAAAGAACGACAAACAGUGUGCGGCAUACGUGAAGUUCACCUCGUUCCUGGAGACAGCAUUAGCCAUCGAAAAUUGUAACCCGUUAUAUAGGGCUAAAUUUUGUCUACCACGUAACAAGCAGCAACAGGAAAAGGAGCAAAAGAUACAGCCCACGGAGCAUACUGGGCGGAAGCGAACCCAUACGCCCGAUCGCUUGUCUUCUUUACGAUGCGAAAUGAAACUUGUCGUGAUCUGCAGCAACCAGCUGAAUCAGGAUCGGUUAUGGCGGUUAUUCGAUAUCUGUCCCGGUAUGCAGUAUUGUAACAUUAUUACAGCAAAUGAAAUGAACACAACCGCCACCGUGGUGUACGCCAGUCGGAACGAGGCUCAACGUGCCAUCGAUAAAAUUCACGGCCUAGAAUACCCCAUCGGUGAACGGAUUAUCGUACGGUUCGAGGAGGACUUCAAAGAAGAAAUUAUCACAAAAGAUGCCUUAUCACAGUUCGGACCUCCAAAGCCACUCGCAUCCGAACAGGUGCAGUGCGUUCAGAAGGCAUUCUUCAUCUGCAUGCCCGAGGCGAUCUCCGUGAAGCUGCUAACAGAUGCAUUUUGUCGAUUCGGCGAUCUUAUCAAGGUGUACCUCAUGCCAGGAAAAAGGCACGGUUACGCCGAGUUCGCCAGUUACGUAGCGGCAAACCGUGCCAUCCAGCAGCUACACGGUAUGCAGCUAGGCGAUUGUCGACUCAAAGUGUUGGAAUGUGCCGAAUACACUGGAGAAAAUAAACGGGUCAAAGUAGAACAUUUUACCAGAGGAACAUUCUUUCCAGAAUUGAAUGCAUCAGGUAUGUAA